AUAUUAAAGCUUAAUUUGUGCACUUAAGCAUCACAAAUAAAAGGCCUAGAUCGCCAACAAUGAUUGGUUUAUUCAUAAUAUAAUUGUGUUAUUCUGGUCCUUUGGAGUUUGGACCUACCCAGUUCAAGUUGUCUACUGUAGAUGGGUUACACACACGAAAUACGAAUAAAAUACAAUUACAUAAGGGACCAGAAGUUGGGUAUAUAAUGCAGUUCACAUGAAAAUAUAUGUAAAGUAUAUGGCUGCAAUGGUGUUAAUUAGGGAGUAGGGACACGUUACACCACUGGUAUCGAGUUCCGUUGCUCUGGCCACGAAUUUGGCUUCUGCAUUAAUGACCCUCUUCAACGAUCUGAGCUAUCAACAAAGACAUAUAGAACCAUCUUCCAACAACAAAACUCAGGACAUGAUUCAAUGUUGUCAAUUUUGGGUGCUCAAUUACUUGUCUUUGAGUUGGAACACGAGAAAAAAAGUGAUAAUUUGAGCCAAUAGCUUGACAUUUCCUUUCAGAUCAGUCACUGAGGCAAUGAAAUAAUGAAUGAAUUCUGUGUCCAAUUAAUUAAAUGUUAUCAUAAUCAUAUGACAUUCCUUGAGGAGUUGAUACAGGAGUACUUGUUUUUAAAAUGUGAAACUACCCCUUCAAAAUUCUCGCAUUCAAUAUUAUAUUGUAUAUAGGCGAUACCUAUUGACCAUAUCAUAUAAUAAUGAGUAUAGAGUUGGCUAGCUAAAACUGAUUAAGGGUUCAUGAAUUAUUGAUUUAUGCGCAAGAUCUGUAUAGCAUUAAGAUUCUUUUAUUUGUAGAAUGUGUUUAACUGGACUCUCUGAUCCAUUGACUUUUGUCAAGAAACCCUAAUUCUUUAUAAUAGCCUCUGAAAACUGAAAACUAGCUUGGUUUUUUCAAGGCGUGUCAUUAGGAAUUAAAAAUGCAGAAACCGAGAGAAGGGUCAUUUGACUCUCCCCUCAUUUUCAUGUUCACUGAUAAGUGACCACAUUCUAAAUAAAACAUGUUAUCACCUAGAGCAUUAGGAGCACAGGUCCUAGUUUACAAAUUGUUGGAAUCAAUACGUUACAAGAUUAUUUAAUUAUAGACCUAAAAUUUUGUCACAAACUUUAAUAUGAAUAAACUGUCUCGUAAGUAAGAUUAAGGGAAAGGAACUUCCACAAUGUGACAAAGCCCUCUUUGUGAAUUUACAGUGUCUAUGUGAGCUUCGAAUUCCAAAUCUAUGCAUUUGGCAUUUGAUACACAGCAUGUCCAGCUAGACCUACAUUAUUAAUUAUAUCAACAAACAGAAACAUAUAGUGUACCUUACCUAAUGUUUGUUUAUAUUUAAAUCAUUGACUACUUAAGUGGAUUCCAUUAAAUUGACAUUUUCACACUAUUAUGCAAGCCCGGGCCUAGAAUCACCCACAUUUUGAAGAGGCCAUUCCUCGUGUCUUUCUCUUUCACUCUUCUUAUUGUCAUGCUUCUUUUUUCUACAGAAAGGGACAAUACGUGAUGAUUAGUUUUACAUUUUAUCUAUCUAUAUAUUAUUUUUUCCUGCGCCUUUGUGACUGUUGUACGUUAAGUCAUGAGUGUGUAGGGUACAUUUGAAGAAGACCUUCCUGUUUUACUACAUGAUUUUUAAUUCAUUACCUAAUGGCCGAUGCAAGUCCAAAAGUUGAGCAUGAAAAUGGAUUCGAAUCCAUUUUUUAUAAGAUGACACUACCAUAUUAGGAAAAUAAUCUUUUCACACCCCUAAAAUGUGGAAGAGAAGAAAAAAGAAGAGAGAACAAGUAAAAAAUGUGACCAAAAAAGAUAACUAGAAAAAGAAGAUGAAGAAUGAAUGUGCAAAAAAGUGAAACUCAAACAUCAUAUUAUUUCUCUGCAAAAUUAGUGGACCUGUGCACAGAUAAUGAAACAUCAUUCACAAAAGAAACAUUAAUGCAAUUAAUAGGAUGAAACUCAAGCAAGGUGACGAUUCACAAAGAAAAAAGAAUAUUGUACAAAUUGUUGUAGAAUUUCAUCGUAGGAAUAUAAUUUCACUUCAUAUUUUAUCUUUUCAAUGUUGUCGUGUAGCAAAUGCGUAGCGUAUUUAUCCUGCUAAGGAAUAGGUAUCGUAUUGGCAAAAUCAAGAACAUUGUUUAAAAUGAUAAAGGGGAUGAAUGUUCACAAAGAAUUUUGAUGAAUGAUAACCAUAAGAAGAUUAUUUUAUAAGAACACUCCGGAACCCAACACACAUAUAUUUGCAAUUAUCACCGAGGAAAAAGCUAAAUAACUGAAUUAUCCUUUAUUUAAAAAGUAGAACAUAAAAACAGCAGAGAAAGGUGCGUGCCCAUUUGGGCCAUUUCCCCUGGCAUUGCACUCUUAUUUGCUCUUCACAAGGAAUUUAGAUCCAUUCCAACUUCCUAAGUUGAUGAAAUGAUUUAGGUCCCCUCAUCAACCCACAUUGGAUGUGAUUUUUAUUACAUAAGAGAAGUUCAUACUACUAAGCUUCAGUCAACAGUCAUAACAGUCUUCUCUCUGCAUUAUUUGGUAAAAUGGUAAUGUUUUGUUAGGUUCAUGGGAGAUGGGUACGCCGGGUUUCUUGUGACGUGGAGUUCCAAAUAAGAAUCUCACUUGCAUGACUAGAAAGACCUGUAGUUGUUGGCUCAUUUAUUGUUAUUAGGAUUAAUAUUUUAUGUUCCUUCUUUUCCAUUUUCUUAAUGGACGUACUUGUCUAUCUUAGUCAAACGAGGAAAAAAAUAAAUAAUAACAAGAGAUUAACUGCCUUAGAACAAUGCUAUGAACUUUGCACAAAUGUGUUCAACUUUUCUCUACUGAAUUUUAUCCAUCAGCAAGUUUUGCAUGUGUAUAUAAAUAACCUUACUGUCCGUAAAGACUAAAAACGACAUUGUCCUUGUGUGUGUGUCCACUAACCAACUAAAGCAAACCAAUCAUCAUCUUUUUUAUUUUUUGGGUAGCAGUUGGGGGAUCCUGACAGUGGCCAUAAGCAUCUCUCCCUUCUCUCUUUUAUCUUUGGGUUGAAUAAUGGCAUCAUCCUCAAAAACUAACUAAACUAUUCUAUUUCAUUUAGAAAUGCCAAAUACCACCAACUCAUUUCCUAGAAGGCCCCUUCCCCUUUUCUACUCCAACUCCGAAGACAAAGCAAGCCUUCAACUAGUUCCUUAAUCUAAGCCAUUUUAUUUAUUUACUUAGUUCCCUUCCAAGCCACUAUUCUCCUAGUCCUUCCACUUCGACUCACAAAAUCCAUGCCCUCCAAAUGCCAAACAUAAGCACAAAGCAGAGUUGAAGCAUCUUAUGAUCUCCCCAACUCAAGACCUUCUUCAGCCCCACACCCAAUUUUUCAUUAUGCUCAAACUCCUCAACAAGAACCUCCGCCGCUUCCUAUCCCAUCUUGGGUGUCCAAUUCGGCGCCGAUCAAAGUCCAAAGUUGUAGUGAUCAACAAGUUAGGAAAUCAAGGCUCAAAAACCCACCCAGAUAACAAACACGAACCAAGCACGAAUUUUUCAGCUGCGGUUCAUCCCAACGCUCAAUUGGGUAGUCCGAAACCCCAGAAGCGAAUCCGGGUCGCGACCUUCAACGCUGCCCUGUUCUCCAUGGCACCGGCACUACCCAAGGCAGGAGAAAAAGCUGCCACCUUUGAGGAUGAAAACGAUGUCGCUUCGAAGCCCAGAAACCUGAAUUCGCGGUCAAAGUCGAUGAACGACCGCCCCAGAAGCAUAUUGAAGCAAUCUCAAUCGCAAUCUCAAUCGCAAUCUCAAUCGCAAUCAGUGAACAGAACAGAAAACCUCGGCAACAAGCAACAAAGGUUAACAAAAUCAAAGAUGAGAGUUUCCAUCAAUCUACCAGACAACGAGAUUUCGCUGCUGCGAAGCCGACAAUCGAGCUUCUCAGAACACGACAAGGAUGGGUCGUGGUCGUGGAGACACUCGACGGGAAGUGGGAUCCACAUGAGUAGUAGAACGGUGGUUGAGGUUCUGAGAGAAGUGGACGCUGAUGUUUUGGGUCUGCAAGAUGUGAAAGCCGAGGAAGAGAAUGGAAUGAAGCCUUUGUCGGAUUUGGCUGAGGCUUUGGGUAUGAACUAUGUGUUCGCUGAAAGCUGGGCUCCUGAGUACGGCAACGCUGUCUUGUCCAAAUGGCCGAUCAAACGCUGGAAUGCUCACAAAAUCUUCGAUCACACUGAUUUCAGGAAUGUUCUGAAGGCCACCAUCGAUGUACCUCAAGCAGGUGAACUAAACUUUUACUGCACCCACCUUGAUCAUCUUGAUGAGAAUUGGAGGAUGAAACAGGUAAAUGCAAUAAUCCAAUCAAGUGAUGAGCCUCAUAUCUUAGCUGGAGGACUUAAUUCACUCGAUGAAUCUGAUUACUCCCAAGAAAGAUGGACAGAUAUUGUGAAGUACUACGAAGAGAUGGGAAAGCCAACACCAAAAGUUGAAGUAAUGAAAUAUCUAAAGAGUAAAGACUACUUAGAUGCUAAGGACUAUGCUGGGGAAUGCGAGUCAGUUGUCAUGAUUGCCAAGGGCCAAAGUGUCCAAGGGACAUGUAAGUAUGGAACUCGGGUAGACUACAUAUUAUCAUCCUCAAAUUCUCAAUAUAAGUUUGUUCCCGGUUCCUAUUUAGUUCUUUCUUCCAAAGGGACUUCGGAUCAUCACAUAGUGAAAGUUGACUUAGUGACGGUAAAUAACAAUCCUCAAGAAAAUGUGACACACAAACCUCAACAUCCAAGACAGAGAGUUGUAAAAAUAACACAAUCCACUCCAUCCAAAGGUAUCUGGAAAACACCAGAGAUUUAGAUUGAAUUCCCUCGGUUUAGAUUAGUGUGAUGAUUAUAUUUUGGAAAUGGGGCGUUUUGUUUUUGGUUUUUUUCCUGCUUCCUAACUCGAGUUCUGUAUACAACUCUCUUCAAAUAGAUUUAAAAGAAUAUGAAACAAAAGAGUGUGAAGUAAUGAUGUAUGGCAUUUAAAAAAAUGUAUAGCUUUUGAUUGAGAACUCUACAAAUUUAC